UGCCACUGGGUGAAAGAAAACGGAAACAACUUUAAGCAGAUACCAUCAGAGAAGAGGAACUGUUUUUCCUGCACUGGAUUUCACAGAGGUCUAAGAUGGGGGAUGGAGUGGAGAGCUGCUACCUUGCUUCUGACAGGGAAAUCCAGCUUGUCCAGAGGAAGUCUGAGAGGCAGCUCAGACCGCUAUGUGGUUUCCUGGGGUGGUGUAGAAGAUACACCAGCAACUGGUGGGUCUCCAAGUCUCACUCCUAAUCUCACCGAGAGGGUGAGCUCCAGCCAGCAGGUAGCUGCAUGACAGCCGGUUGGGAUGAUACCAGCAGAGCUUAAUGCCAACAGCAGCGGUAACUAAAGGCAGAACUUCACUUUAUGAGGGAGAGUUUCCCCCGUUUCCCACACUCAGUCAGGACAGGCCACUCUGGGGGUUCUCUGAUUGACCACCUGGCUCUUGACUUGAAGAGAAAUAGAAAUAUAACGUGUUUUACAUGACUUUUUCUACCGGUCGCUGCAGUGUUCACCUCUCGCCCCUUCCUCUCUCUACACCCGCUCAACACCACUCUUCUCCUCCCGCCCCCACACAGACAGAGCGCCAGUCAACAGGCCAGGAAGUGUACAACAGAGCUAUAUAAAAUGGCAACAAAUCAACAAGAGUUGCUGAACAGUCUUCAAAACUUUGGGCAAGAAGACCUGAAAACAUUCCAGUGGCAUCUGAUUAAUGGUGUGGAAGGAUUCACCUCCAUCCAAAAGGCUUUUCUGGAGAGGGCAGACAGACCUGACACUGUGGAUCAGAUGGUGCAGAGAUAUGGACACAGCAAAGCUGUAGAGGUCACACUGGCUAUCCUGAAGAAGAUGAACCAGAACCAACUGGCUGAGGAGCUAACAACAAAACUCAAAAACGGUGGAGACAGAAGUGAAGAGGAAACUGGUAAGACUGCAGCAGCCUCCUCCACUGCAGCUCAGACUGGAGUCUCAGUUAGUGCUCUUACUGCAGCUAAAGAAGAUGGAGCUGUAAAAGACGCACUGAAAAGACAUUUUGUGGCAAAGUUGGCAAAGCUGUAUGACAGAACUUCACUAGAAGGGGAUAAUUUGCUUUUGAAGGAUAUUUACACUGAACUUUAUGUGAUUGAAGGCUGCACAGGAGGAGUGAACACUGAGCACGAAGUGAGACAGAUAGAGAGUUUUUAUCCCAAAAUAGAGGAAAAACCAAUCAAGUUCAGUGACAUUUUCAAAACACGAUCCAGUCAAAAUGAGAUUGGUACUAAAGUACUUACAUUGGGAAUAGCAGGAGUGGGAAAAACAGCCUCUGUACACAAGUUUAUUCUUGACUGGGCUGAAGACAAAUGCAACCAGGAUUUAGAUUUCAUUCUGUUUCUUCCCUUUCGGGAGCUGAACGUGAUCAAAGAGGAGCAGUACAGCCUCUGGAAUCUUCUGCUUUACUUCCAUGAUGAGUUCCACAAUGUGGAUGUGAGGGAGAUCCUGAAUGACAAGUGUAAGGUGGUUUUUAUAUUAGAUGGACUGGAUGAAAGUAAACUUACUCUUAAUUUUAAUCAGAAGAAACUAUCUAAAGUAACACAGGAGACCACCAUUGAUAGACUAAUAACAAACCUCAUCAAAGGAGCGCUGCUUCCCUCUGCUCUUAUCUGGAUAACCACUCGACCAGCAGCAGCCAAACAGAUUCCACCUGAGAAAAUUCAUCAUGUGACAGAAAUACGUGGAUUCAAUGACCCACAGAAGGAGGAGUAUUUCAGGAAGAGAAUCAAGGCUAAAGAUCAAGCCAGCAGAAUCAUUUCACACAUUAAGACAGCAAGAAGUCUCCACAUUUUGUGUCACAUUCCAGUCUUCUGCUCAAUCUCAGCCACAGUGCUACAGGAAAUGUUGAAGGAUGACAAAGACUUGAAAAAUGCUCCCACGACUCUUACAGAAAUGUACACACGAUUCCUGCUGUUUCAGACGAGAAAAAAGACUGAGAAAUACAGCACAAUGCAACGUGAGGACAGUACAGUUCCCCCAUCUGAGAGAGACAGACUGGGAGUAGAGGGUGUACUGAAGCUCGGAAAACUAGCUUUCCUCCAGUUACAGAAAGGACAACUCAUAUUCUAUGAGAAGGAUCUGAAAGAAUGUGGCAUUGAUGUUGAUGAAGCUGUAGUCUACUCUGGAGUUUGUACACAAAUCUUUAAAAAGGAUGAGAAGAUUUUCUGUUUUGUCCAUUUGAGUUUCCAGGAGUUUCUUGCUGCCGCCUUUGUCUUCCUCACAUUCAGAGAUGAAGGUAACCCACUCCUUCAAACCAAAAGUGAGAGAAUAAAGUGGUCGUUUAAACAUACACUGGGUGAUCUCCUCAAGACAGCAGUGGAUAAGGCCAUGAAGAGUGAAAAUGGACAUCUGGACCUUUUCCUCCGCUUCCUUUGUGGCCUCUCCCUGGAGUCCAAUCAGAGGCUCCUUAAGAGUCUGCAGCCAGAAAUGGACAUCAAAGAAGAGAGUCUAAAGGACACUGCAGACUACAUUAAAAGAAAGAUCAAGAAGAAAAAACACUCUGAGAAGAACAUCAAUCUCUUCCACUGCCUGAGUGAACUGAAAGACAAUUCACUGACAACUGAAAUUCAGGAAUACCUGAACUCAGGAGAUCUCUCAACACAGAAUCUGUCAUCUACACAGUGGUCAGCUCUGGUGUUUGUGUUGCUGAUGUCAGAAGAGACUCAAGAGAAGUUUGAGCUGAAGAAAUACAAGCCAUCAGACGAAGGACUGAGGAACCUACUGCCAGUAGUGAAAAGCACAAGACGAGCUCUAUUUGCUGGAUGUAACCUCACUGUACAGUCCGCUAAAAUGCUGAGUGCAGCUCUACAAACAGAAAACUCCUCUCUGACAGAGCUGGACCUCAGUAACAAUGAUCUGCAGGAUUCCGGUGUAGAGCUGCUCUCUGCUGGACUGAAGAGUUCAGACUGUAAACUGGAGAUACUCAGACUAGCUUUGUGUCAUUUUGGAGGAAAGUCUUGUGAAAAUCUGGGAUCAGUUUUACAAACAGAAACCUCCUCCCUAAAAGAGCUGGACAUCAGUAACAAUGAGCUUCAUGAUUCAGGAGUGGAGCUGCUGUCUGCUGGACUGAAGAGCUCACACUGUAAACUGGAGAUUCUCAGAUUAUCAGGAUGCAUGGUCAGGAAGGAAGGCUGUUCUUCUCUGGCUUCAGCUCUGAGUUCAAACCCCUCAUACCUGAAAGAACUGGAUCUGAGCUAUAAUCUCUUAGGAGAGUCAGGAGUGAAACUGCUCUCUGCUAGACAGGAGGAUCCACACAGCUCACUCAAAACACUCAGAGUGGAACAUGAUGGUGAGAUGAGAAUCAGACCAAAGGAAUAUUCCUGUGAGUUCACUCUGGAUCCAAACACAGCGAACAGUUUUCUCUCUCUGUCUGACGGGAACAGGAAGGUGGAGCAUGUGUUGGAUGUUCACUCGUAUCCUGAUCAUCCAGAGAGAUUUGAUGUGUGGUGGCAGGUUUUGUGUAGAGAGAGUCUGACUGGACGCUGUUACUGGGAGGCCGAGUGGAGCGGGACGGUAGAAAUAGCAGUAACAUAUAAAUCAAUCAGGAGGAAAGGAGACAGUGGUGACUGUCAGUUUGGACGGAAUGAAAAGUCCUGGAGUCUGUUCUGCUCUAAUAACAGAUACUCUGUCUUUCACAAUGAUAACAAGACUGAACUCUCUGCUCGACCGUCCAGUAAGGCAGUAGGAGUGUAUGUGGACUGUCCGGCUGGCUCUCUGUCCUUCUACAGCGUCUCUGAUGAUCAAACACUGACGCACCUUCACACGUUCAGCACCACAUUCACUGAACCGCUCUGCGCUGGGUUUUAUAUUUAUUACGGCUCAGUGUGUUUAAAAUAAAAUCUCCUCCUGAGUGAAACACAAACCAUAAAAAUAUCAGGUUUGUGUGGUUUUAUGUGUAAAACAGUGUAAAGAUUCAUUUUUACAUCAUUUUUAUCUUCAUUCUUUAUAAUGAAACCGUCUGUAUUUGUUUCUGUGGCUUUAAGACUGAUAUAUGUAAAUGAGCUGUGUUCUGAUUGGCUGUGCUGUGCCUCAUUUAUAAAGCAGUUCAGUCUGUGUUUCUCUGGUUUGGAGAUUCAGAUGGAGACGAUGUUGAGAACCAGUGGAAGAUCUACAAUAAAGAACUG